AUGAGGAUGAGGGGCUGCAUCCCGCCUGCGCUUGGCCUAGCCAUGGCCCUGGCUGCACUGCUGCCUGCAGCCUGCGCCCGCCGGAGCCAGGACCUGCACUGUGGAGCGUGCCGGGCGCUGGUGGAUGAGCUGGAGUGGGAGAUCGCCCAGGUCGACCCCAGGAAAACCAUCCAGAUGGGCUCAUUCCGGAUCAACCCUGACGGCAGCCAGUCGGUCGUGGAGGUGCCCUAUGCCCGGUCAGAGGCACAUCUGACAGAGCUGCUGGAGCGGGUGUGCGAGAAGAUGAAGGAAUAUGGGGAAAAAGUGGAUCCUUCCACGCACCGUAAGAGCUACGUCCGAGUGAUCUCCCAUGAUGGGACCAAGAUGGACCUCUCCGGGGUCAAAAUUGAUGGAGACGUGGCUUCUAGCCUCAAGUUUGCGUGUGAGAGCAUCGCCGAGGAGUACGAGGAUGAACUCAUCGAAUUCCUCUCCCACGAGGCCGACAACGUCAAGGACCGGCUCUGCAGCAAACGGACGGGUGAGCCGGGCUGGGCUGUCCCGGGGAGGGGUCUCUCCUGCGGCCUGCGGGGGUCGUAG